CUUGAGUUUCACGCAAUCAGAUACUUUCCAUCCACUCCGGAUAUGUUCUCUUUGGCUCAACUCGCCCAUUCCUGCAAAAACCGCCCUACAGAGGGUUUGCUUCGCACGUGGCGACUCUCUGCCAUGGAAUGGUCCCAGCUGCAAGAGGUGGGCCAUCCAUCUCCCAAGCGUCGCGACCAUUGCGUCGCCACUAUGGCGGGGUGGGGAGGGUCAAGGUCAUCGGCGUUCCAGACACGAGACCCUUUCAGGAGAGCCUAUUGGACACAGAAUUGGGCAAGGCUCUUCAGACACUGCUAGUCGCAGAGCCUGACCGGAUUGAUCCACAGGCUGCACGAAGAGUCUUGGACUUUGUCAGGAGCCGAUGCUUGACGCCGUUAGAUUAUCUCCGAGCAGUGACGGCAGCAAAUCGACAUGGUCUUGUUGAGGAGUCGUUCGACCUUGUUCUCCAGAUGCUGCGUGAGGUGGCAGAGGAAGCGAAGGCAAGGAAGACAGAUACUGCUCCAUUCGGUCUUCGAGAGGCAAAGCACCAAUGGAUAUCUUCGACCAUCAUGGAGGCGAUGAAAGUCAACGAGCUGGCAGGCCGCUGGAGAAGCACCUUGUGUCUGUUGGAACGAGCAAAGCAAGAAGUGGACUUGGGAAGGGGCUGGAGUUCGGUCUACUUGGCAGCAUCCAAUGUUUGCCAGGAGCUGCAGUGGGAAAGAGCAAUGUCUAUCUUGGAGGCGCCAGUCUUGGUGGAACACGUGAAUGAGCUCGGAGAGGCAUAUCCAGAAGCACUUAUCCGAUGUGGAGCAAUGGCUCGAUGGAGCAUGGCUCUUGCGACGUGGAAGGCUGUGCGAAAAUGGAGCUCGGCCUCCGACCAAGAUGCGAAGGGAAAGCAGCUCAUCGAGGCAUGCUCCUGCAGGAUGGACAGAUCUGCUGCUUGGUCAUUGUCUUUGGCAAUCAUAUCGGAGUUGAGGAGGUCUCGGGUGCAAAGCCCUGGUUCUUUACGGGCAGCUCGAACCACGUGUUCAAAGUCCUCUCAAUGGUCAGCCGUUCUGAUGCUGCAAGGACUCAUCCAAGAUGUGAGUGUGCUUUAUUCAGGAUUGGUGCCAAAUAUAGAUCCUGCUUUUGAGCCACAUAGAUGGCAACGUGAUUACCUUCGAAACAAGGCCGUGGAUGAGAGCUUUGACCUUAUAAAGGCUUGUAGCAGGGGCUUGUUGUGGAACCGAGCACAGGCGUUGCUUGCAGCUUUGCCCAGUCCCCGCAAGGAGGUGGGAGUCUUGGACGAGGCGGCGCUACUCAAAGCGUACCAUCAAACCAUGAUAGCCUUGAGCCGCUCAUCCGAACGAAAGGAAGCAGCGAAGGUGUUCAAGCGAGGAUUUGUUGGACGGAGCAGUGGAGACAGAUUGUUGAUGCAGGCCAUGGUUGAAACUUUAGUCCAAGAUUCAAAGUCCUGGGCUGAUGGGACCGAUCUUUGCAAUGAGAUCUUGCAAAUUGUGGAUGAGCUUCGGCAAGCUGGUUUGGAGCCCAACUUCCUCACAUUGGAGGCGAUGCUUCAGAUUUUCGAGGAUAAGGGUCGCGCUGAUGCAGCGGUAAACAUCCUUCACCAUGUGCAAGGCAGAUUGGCAACGUCGGCAAGACCGUCCCUGCGUCAAAGUGAGUUCAAGGUCAAGGCCAAGGUCUUGAAGGCAGCUCGAUUCCAAAGAAGGGUUGACCUGGAGGAGGCAUGGCAAAUUCUUGAAGCCCAUGGCAAAGCAGAUGCUCAAAGCCAUCAGAUCUUGCAGAGGCGAAUGGGGCUUUUUUGUUGGCAGUUGCUGGAGAGGCACCAGCUGUCCCGUUUGACGUCAAGAUCGUUGCUAAAGGAGCAUUGCCACUUGCCUUUGCAGGCACCUUGGCAGCUGCUUGGGAAGGGAAAGGUCAGAAAGCAGCUAUGGUCAAGUGCAGUGCUGGACCAGGAAGAAGAUGCCCAAUGGUGUGGAUACGCUUGGAUACAGUUCAAGGUCUUUGUGCCAGUGCCGCAGCACUUGGUCGACAGGACAGCUCAGUACAGAGGGCUGCGGCCAUUUGCUCCGCGAAUUGGGAGGUGGCUGUCAUGCCGUGCGCGGAUGAUGGGAAACAAAUGGGGACCAACCAUCGCCUCGCAGGACCCAGAGCACUACGGGCCUCCAUUGGCAGUGCGAAAUGCUUUGCUGCAGGUCCUGGGCAUGGCCCAGAGGCCUUUUUUUGGCCAGGUCUGCAGCGAGGCUCCACGGGCCACGCGAAGAGGCCACAGACAUGGUUUUGGCUUCAUCGAGUGCGAAGAACUGGGACGAGUCUUCUUUGCACGCCGACAUUUGCCUCACUCUCGACUAUCCGUACAGGGUCAGAACGUCUCGUUCAGUUUGGAUUUCAACAGGCAUGGCCUUUCCAAAGCAGUUAACCUGGAGCUUGAGGACACCAUCCCGCCACUCGAAGUGUAUGAUGGUGCUAAUCAUCCGACAUAGUUCGUUCUGAAAGGAGGACACACUUCGCUCCGCUGACAUGCACUGCUGACAUCGGUCACCUGUGCAAACUGGAAGAGGCUUUUCAGCCCGAAGAUCCUCAGCUUCCAGCGCUCGGACUUGAAGAACCUGGAUAUGAUCAUUUGCACUCACUUUUACGCAGUGCAUUGCAUUCUCAUCGGAUCUCAGCUUGCGAGUAGAUUGCUGACCCGGCUCAUCCUCAUGGCCAAGAUCAACAUGAUGAGCAGAUGGGGUUGGGACCAGCUUGCCUCCUGAGGCUUCUUGCGAUACGUUAUUUAGAUUGGAAUAGAUUUAAGCAGAUUGCUUGGCAGAUUCCUUCUGCACUGUCCUGACACCAUUUUCUGAGAAAAGGGAGCGUUUUGUCGACUGUCAUGAUAUCAAUGUGCUGAAUGUGCCUCAAACUUUAGUACAACGUGGUUCAGUCACCUCCUUGGUCCACAGACA